AUGUCAGACGAUUGGGAUGCUGACGACUUUGAGCCGCCGCCAGUGGUGGUGGCGAAGGAGCCAGUGAAGUCAUCAUGGGAGGACGAGGAGGAGGAAGAAGCGCCGGCUUCCACCACCACUGCCUCAGCGAAGCCCAAGGGUGAGAAGAAGAAGAAAAAGGCGGAGGACAAGGGGAAGGGCAAGGAGAAGGAGGAGGGGGAGGAGGUGGUGGAUGAUGGAGUGCUUGCAGACCCUGUAGCGGAGAAGCUAAGACAGCAACGGCUCGUGGAGGAGAGCGACUUCAAAGCAACAAAGGAGCUGUUUGGUGGGAAGAAAAAGGAGGCAGAGCGGUCACUGGAUGACUUUCUACCCAAAAGCGAGGCAGACUUUAACGAGUUUGCAGACCUGAUUGCUGCUAGGAUUACUCCCCACUCGAAGAGCUUUCAUUAUGUGUCUCUCAUCAAGAACAUCCUGAGAAAGGUGGAGGCUCCGUUGGUGGGGAAGGACGCCAAGGAGAUCAGCGCCGCUGCUGCUGUGAUUGCAAAUGAGAAGCUCAAGGCGGAGAAGGAGGCAGAGAAGGGCAAGAAGAAGGGCGGUGAGUGCAGGGAGAGACGCGGGAUGAGUGAAAGCAUGUCGCAGGGACACAGAGAGGGUCAGGGAUGGGUAGCAGAAUGGGGAUCGACAGGCAGUGCUGCUGCUGCUGUGAUUGCGAAUGAGAAGCUCAAGGCAGAGAAGGGGAAGAAGGGCGGUGAGUGGGGGUGUGAUGGGAUGGGAGGGGAGUGA